AAAUAUAUUGGGCUUGUCUUACGUUGAAGGCCCAUUAAGCUAAAAUUCGGCCUAAUUAGUUCAAGACCAAGAUGAAAACCUUGAGACUGCGUGCCGUUUUGUGGUUUUCGUCAAGAAUAUAACCAGAAAAAAAGGAUUAAACGAGAGUGAAAAUGUUGAACUAAUAACGAUCAUUAUGUGCUCUCUCUUUUUUGAAACACAUAAAUUUUCAUUCAAUGCAAAGUAGUUAGGCAGCUGCAGUUACAUGGAGCUUCUGCACAGACACAUGCUUACCAGAAGAUGUGGUCAUUGUUAUCUUUCUUUGCCGAGCACUGGAAAACAGAAGUAAGACAUGUGGGUUCUGAUUUAGGAAAUGGAUUAUUCCAGUUUCAAUUUGGGCAAUUUUAGUACCUAAACCAAGACAGCCUAUUAUGAUUCUAUAAGAGUGCAAUGCAACGUUCAGUAAAAUUUCAUGUAUGGCCUAAAGUUUUGUGCCCAUGUCGUUGGUUCUUUGAUACAGUCCAAUAAGUAUCUGUGAGAUCAUCGGUUCUCUGCGGUGGAGCCUAUACCAUUUUCAUUGUGUCUUCCAUUGGCCAACGAACUUAGCUAUUUGAUUAAAUUUUUUUACUAUGUUUUUCCACUUCCUGGAUAUCACACUGAUUGCUUUGCACGUUGCAAGAUCAGCACAUGGAGUCCACGAAACAAAGAUCUUAAUGGUCAAUAAUCUUUUGUAUAUUUCUACAACCAUUUAUGAAUUAUAAUUGCGUUCUUCUCCGCGUGUUGUUAUAUUUUAUUGUUUAGCCUUACCUAGUCGUGCGACGAUACAUCAGAUACGUCACCUUUUGAUUCUAUAUGAUAGUUAUACAACACUGAACAGACACACAUAAUAUAAUUUACUGUAGAACACUAAGUCAAUGGUCUAACUGGUGUAACGCUGUCUUUUACCAGUGUCCAAAAACUCCUACAAUAAAAAAUCUAUAAAGACCUAUAAAAUCUUGUAAUAGUGUCUAUACAAUUAUUGAUACAUAAGAUCGCAAGAUCCUCUAUCUUCUCUCUUACCUCUGUAGGACUAUCAUUCUCCAUCUUGGUAGGAGAAUGGAGAAAGAUAACAGUUUCAUGGAUCCGUUUCUGACCUCGACGGAGGAACUUGACCAGGCAACUCAGAAAGCAUUGAUGAAUUAUCUAGGAGUCGGAAGCAGAGCAUCUUCUCUUGUCUCAUUCUCCUCUACCGCCGUCGAUAUCCCGCCGAUCUCCAACGUCAAAGACUUCGCCAGAGAGUUUAGAAUCGAGUCUAAGAAGCUAUGGAAGCUAGCCGGCCCGGCCAUUUUCACAUCGAUGGCCCAGUUCUCUCUAGGAGCCAUCACUCAGGUUUUCGCCGGACAUAUUAGCACCAUCGCCCUCGCUGCCGUCUCCAUUGAGAACUCUGUCAUCGCCGGUUUCUCCUUCGGUAUCAUGCUUGGAAUGGGAAGCGCGCUGGAAACGUUAUGCGGACAAGCGUUUGGAGCAGGAAAAGUAUCGCUGCUCGGCGUUUACUUACAACGUUCAUGGGUGAUUCUAACCGUAACCGCUCUCAUCCUUUCUCUUCUCUACAUCUUCGCCGCUCCAAUCCUAACAUUCAUAGGCCAAACCGCGGGGAUCUCGGCCAUGGCCGGAAUAUUCUCCAUCUACAUGAUCCCACAAAUCUUUGCCUACGCCAUAAAUUUCCCGAGCGCAAAGUUUUUGCAGUCGCAAAGCAAGAUCAUGGUCAUGGCAGCAAUCUCUGGUGCGGCUCUUGUGAUCCACACGUUGCUCACAUGGCUAGUCAUGUCUAAGUUUCAUUGGGGACUUCCCGGUUUGGCUUUUGUGCUUAACACGUCGUGGUGGUUCAUCGUUGUGGCACAAGUAGUGUAUAUAUUUAGUGGUACUUGUGGAGAAGCUUGGUCUGGAUUCACGUGGGAGGCUUUUCACAAUUUGUGGGGUUUUAUCAAAUUGUCAUUGGCUUCUGCUGUCAUGCUUUGUUUGGAGAUUUGGUAUUUCAUGGCGCUCGUAUUAUUUGCUGGAUAUUUGAAGAAUGCUGAAGUCUCCGUAGCGGCACUCUCCAUAUGCAUGAAUAUUUUGGGAUGGGCAGCAAUGGUUUCAGUUGGGAUAAACGCAGCUGUAAGUGUGAGAGUGUCAAAUGAGCUUGGAGCUAGCCACCCAAGAGCGGCCAAGUUCUCUCUAGUUGUUGCCGUGAUAUUAUCGUCAGUAAUGGGAAUGGCUAUAGCCGCGGUCCUACUCAUCUUCCGAGACGAGUACCCGGUAUUGUUUGUGGAAGAUGAAGUUGUUAGGAAUGUGGUUAGAGAACUCACACCAAUGCUUGCCUUCUGCAUUGUCAUCAACAAUGUUCAACCUGUAUUGUCUGGAGUGGCUGUGGGAGCAGGAUGGCAAGCGGUUGUUGCGUAUGUGAACAUAGCUUGCUAUUACUUAUUUGGAGUCCCAUUUGGUCUAUUGUUGGGAUUUAAGCUUGAAUAUGGAGUGAUGGGAAUCUGGUGGGGGAUGAUGACGGGAACAUUUGUUCAAUCGAUAGUUUUGACUUGGAUGAUCUGCAAAACCAAUUGGGACAAAGAGGCUGCAAUGGCAGAAGAGAGGAUAAGAGAAUGGGGAGGAUCAGAAGAGAAAGAGAAUCUUUUGAACUAACAAGAGUGUUUUACUUUAAGACAUUUUACUGUCCGAACCAUUAUGAAUUUUGAUUCUCUUUCUAAACAUCUUUGACUUAUUAUACUGACAAAAUAUGUCAGUCUUUUCAGCAAUAAACAUUUUGAAUUUUGACAAUUGGUAUAUAUCUUUAAGAAAAAUGAGCAAAGCACGUGAACUACUAAUCAAGGAACCUGGUUGAUGAAUAGAUUCACACAUCCCAAGACCCGAUCAAAUCUAGUUGAUCCA